UAUCCAAGGCCCGCCUGCUGGCGGUUGAUGGCAGCGGACGGAGCGAGUGUGAGUUUCCAAGCGGAAUCGCAGAGCGAGGGCCAUGAAUAAGUAUGUGGUGCCACUGUCCAUCGCGGGGACCGUGAUUGGCGGCAUGGUUCUGGCCAAAGAUCAUGUGACUGGUGGAAAUUGUCCAAGUACAGCAACCGUCUCAGGAAAGACUAUAAUAAUAACUGGAGCAAACACUGGUAUUGGAAAAGAAAGUGCAAGAGAGUUGGCCAGAAGAGGUGGAAGGAUCAUUAUGGCAUGUCGGAAUAUGGAGAAAUGUGAAGCAGCAGCUCGAGAAAUACGAGGAGAAACUCUGAAUCAUCAUGUGUACACUCGCCACCUGGAUCUGGCAUCACUUAAAUCAGUCAGGGAGUUUGCCAAGAAAGUAACUGAAGAGGAAGAGAAUAUAAAUAUCCUAAUUAAUAAUGCCGCUAUUAUGAGAUGCCCUCAUUGGCAAACUGAAGAUGGAUUUGAAAUGCAGUUUGGUGUAAAUCAUCUGGGUCAUUUUCUGCUGACAAAUUUACUGCUUGAAAAGUUAAAGAACUGUGGCAAGAGUCGCAUCAUAAACGUGUCCUCGCUGGCUCACGUAGUUGGGGAAAUUGACUUUGAUGAUCUCAACUGGGAGAAGAGAAAGUAUAAUACAAAAGCAGCAUACUGUCAAAGUAAACUUGCAAAUGUACUAUUCACAAAGGAGCUGGCGAAACGACUUGUUGGAAGCGACGUGACUGUAAAUGCUGUGCACCCAGGCGUAACCAAUACGGAACUCGGCAGACACACAGGAAUGUACAAGUCCAGCUUCUCCAGCACGGUACUGGGGCCUUUAUUUCUUCUCCUGGUAAAAUCCCCUAAGCAGGGAGCGCAACCCUCCGUGUACCUAAGCGUGGCAGAAGAAUUGGAAGGGGUGUCAGGAAAAUACUUUGAUACCAUGAAACAGAAGGAUCCGGCCCCACAGGCAGCAGAUGAAAAGACAUCCAGGCAGCUGUGGGAAACAAGUGCCAGACUAGUGGGGCUGGAAGACAAUAAGGCCACAAUGCCAAGGUAAUCCCACCGGGAUCUGGAUGCAGCCAGAUCACUCAAAGACCAAUGGCGGCAAGGCAAGAGAUGAAUAUAUAAUCAUGGAGACACACUGAACUGUAGACGCUGAAAUCUUGAGCAAAAUAAAAGUGUUGGAGGAACUCACCGGGUCAGGCAGCAACUGUGGAGGGAAUGGACAGACGAUGCUUUGGGUUGGGACCCUUUUUCUAACUGAAAAGGGGAGAUGGGGAAGGGGGGGGAGCUGGAAUAGAGAAGUGGGAGCAGGACAAAGCCUAGCAAGUGAUAGGUGGAUACAGAUGAGGGGGCGAUUGGCAGAUGGGUGGAGUAAGUGCAAAAGCUGAAGGUAAAAACUAUAUUCUGCACUCUAUCUUCCCUUUUGCUAUACCUAUUGUACUUGAGUUUGACUUGAUUGUAUUUUAUAAAUGUUCAGAAAUGACAAUGCAAAACGUUUUGUUUACCUUGUUUCCAUAUCAAGUCAUCAGCAUAAUAUGGUCUUGCAGCAUCAUCACAGACACAUAGACUCAGACAACACAUAAAAGCAUAAAUUACACAUCACGUAUGAAAAUC